AGCACCAUGUCCUCUCGAUCUAUAACUAUAGUGUUCUCCGGAAGGAACACAGGACCCGACUACAAUGGGAUGAGAAUGCAUGGCACUCAGCUCUCCUCACAGCCCAAACUCCCGCUAGAGGAGGACCGGGAGUCCGGUAUCGGCUCCACCCUUGACCUCAGCAACAGCUUUGAGGGCUACAACCAACAUACCAGUCACCAGUCCAACAAACCUUCACUCAUGGAAGCAGAUGGACUCGCCACCGAGAAAGAUAGCUCUCCUCAGACCACUGGAGUGUCUCCGAACAAGAUCAGGAAGCUCCUUAUCAAUCUAUCCAAGGUCCCUCUCCUCCUCCUCCUCCUGUUCCUCUUUGUUUGCUCUUUGGACACUCUGAGCUCUGCUUUCCAGUUAGCAGGGGGUAAAGUGGCAGGAGACAUUUUCCAGGACAAUGCGGUGCUGUCUAACCCUGUGGCGGGGCUGGUGGUGGGGAUCUUGGUUACUGUACUGGUUCAGAGCUCAUCAACCUCCACCUCUAUUGUUGUCAGUCUGGUGGCCUCUGGAUUGUUAGAAGUGAGGUCGGCUGUUCCAAUCAUUAUGGGGUCCAAUAUUGGGACUUCAGUCACAAACACCAUAGUGGCCAUGAUGCAAGCAGCAGAGAGGACCGAGUUUCAGCGUGCCUUCGCUGGGGCAACCAUCCAUGACUGCUUCAACUGGCUGUCGGUCCUGGUCCUGCUGCCGCUGGAAGUGGCUAGUGGCCUCAUGACCAGGCUGUCCCACCUGCUGGUCACCAGCUUCAGGCUCCAGCCUGGAGAGGACGCGCCUGAGCUGCUCAAGGUCAUAACCGAGCCAAUCACCAAGCUUAUCAUACAGCUAGACAAGUGUGUGAUCAUGGGGAUCGCCAUGGGAAAUGAGGACAUGAGGAACAGGAGCCUGGUGAAAGAAUGGUGCCAGACUGACCUUGUUAUGUCCACAGGCAAUGUGAGCACUGAGAACUGUGGCCCCACUGAUGGCUUAUCCCAGCCAUCAGUGAAAUGUAGGCAUUUAUUUGUUUCCACCCCACUGUCAGACCUCACCGUGGGGCUGAUUCUUCUGGCAGCCUCCCUGGCUGUCCUCUGCGCCUGUCUGCUGCUUCUGGUCAAACUGCUCAACUCUCUUCUUAAAGGCCAAGUAGCAAAGGUCAUCCAUAAAGUCAUCAACACAGACCUGCCAUAUCCGUUUGGGUGGCUGGCAGGAUACAUGGCCAUGUUUGUGGGUGCAGGAGUGACAUUUGUGGUCCAGAGUAGCUCUGUUUUUACUUCAGCCAUGACUCCCCUGGUAGGUAUUGGUGUGAUCAGUCUAGAGCGGGCCUAUCCUCUCACCCUGGGGUCCAACAUUGGCACAACUGCCACGGCCCUGCUGGCAGCUCUGGCCAGUCCCGGGAACAAGCUAGCAGCUGCCAUACAGAUUGCUCUGUGUCACCUGUUCUUCAACGUCUUUGGCAUUCUGCUGUGGUAUCCUCUUCCCUUCAUGCGUCUGCCCAUAAGGAUGGCUCAUUUCCUGGGUGAACGCACCGCCAAGUACCGAUGGUUUGCCGUCUUGUACCUUCUCCUUUGCUUCUUACUCCUCCCCUCGCUGGUUCUGGGCCUCUCGCUGGCUGGCUGGCGGGUGAUGGCUGGUGUUGGGGCUCCUUUCUUGGGUUUGACCAUCUUCAUCGCCAUGGUAAAUGUGUUGCAGGCCCGCAGCCCCCGUCACCUUCCCGCCAAGCUCCAGAGUUGGGACUUCCUGCCCCAGUGGAUGCGCUCUCUCAAACCUCUUGACCGUCUGAUCACCAAGGCAACUGUCUGCUGCAGCUCGGCAUGCGAGGAGGGGCAGGGAGAGGAAGAAGGGGAGCAGGUCUCGACCCAGACGACCUCUGCGAGCCCAAAGAAGGAGCCCAUCCAGAGGAAGACAGAGCUGGCAUAUGACAACCCAGCCCUGGACUACCUGGAUGAGAGCAGGCCAGGUGUACGGGUUCUUAAAUUAAAAGGGUUAGAGAGGUGCAACAGCACUCCGCUGUAG